AUGCGGCUCUUACAGUACAGCGAAAGCGGAGAGCUCAGCAUCCACAGCUUCGACGAUGGUGAUAUACCCCCUUACGCGAUACUCUCACACACCUGGGGCGCAGAUGGCGACGAGGUGACCUUUGCAGACCUCCAGACAGGCGGCGGCAAGACAAAGCCGGGCUAUAAGAAGAUCAUCUUCUGCGGAGAACAGGCACGGCGCGACAACCUUCAGUACUUCUGGAUCGACACGUGCUGCAUCGACAAGGCCAACAAGGCUGAACUUGCCUUCUCCAUCCGAUCGAUGUUUCGCUGGUACCGCGAUGCAGCUCGGUGCGACCACGAUUUACGAUGGCUUUUGUGGAUCUGGAUGCUCUCUAUUCUCUAUACUAUGUCGAGAUGGUACGGCAGCACGAUACAGCGCUACUUCUAUUCGCGCAACGUUCUAUGCACUUCGGUCGGUAGCGAUCCUGUGCGAAGCGAGCAGAAGGCUGAGUUCACGCUUAAAAAUAGCAGAUGGUUUAUCCGUGGAUGGACACUGCAAGAGCUUCUCGCACCGUCUAUAGUAGAGUUCUUCUCUAAAGAAGGGACUAAGCUUGGUGAUAAAUUAUCGCUAGCAAAAGAAGUGUGUGAAGUUACGGGCAUCCCUAGUCUAGCGCUGCAGGGUGAACUGUUGUCUAACUUUAGUGUUGAUGAACGCGUUACCUGGAUUGAACAUCGCACUACAACAAUCCCAGCAGACCGUGCAUACUCCCUGAUGGGUAUCCUUGGCGUCAGCUUGUCCCCGAUCGAUGGCGAGAAUCUAGCUGAAGCAAUGAAGCGGGUUCUAUACAAGGUUGACAAGCAGAAUAAGUGCAUGCAAGACUUGUGUCCUAGUAACUCGCGCGAUGAUAAGAAGCGGAUCGAAGAGACUAAAGGCGGGUUGCUUACAGACGCUUACCGCUGGGUCCUUGACAACGACACCUUCCAGCAGUGGCAGCAAGACCUAGAGAACCGAAUACUGUGGCCGUCGCUUGCAUCGCACGUCCGCAAGAAGCACGACCACGCAGGCAAAAGCUUGUUCGAGGACGCGAACGCCUGGGUCGCCCUGACAGAAAUCUUCGCUGACGUGCUGCAAGAUGCAGGCCUAGGCACAACGUAUCUAAUUGUUGACGCGCUCGACGAAUGCGCAACAGACUUACCAAAGUUACUUAGCUUUAUCGUGAAGCAGUCGUCUACGUCCCCUCGCGUUAAGUGGAUUGUGUCCAGUCGCAACUGGCCAGAUAUUGAGGAAGAACUGGAGCGUGCUGAGCACAGAAUGAGGCUCAGCCUUGAGCUGAACGCCGAGUCAGUGGCUGCAGCAGUAGAGGUGUUUAUCCAGCAGAAAGUGUGUCGCCUAGCCCAAGAGAAGCGCUACACGCCAGAGGUGCAAGACGCGGUGCUUCAGCAUUUAAC